GCAAGGGCUUGAUAUCCACGCAUCAAGGAAAGGAGCAGAAUGGGGCUUGAUGGAGACGCGUAGCAGGUUAUAAUUUUCUCAACUAAAAUGGCUUCCUCCACUUCCACACUCACUUCUAGACUCUUCUCCUCAUCCUCGACGCUACGACGUCGUUUACCCCUCGUUGGCGCGUUUUGCAUGCUCACUUUGGGAUUCUCCAAUCUCUGCACUCCCUUGUAUUCUUCUGCUCUCAAAACAGGAUCCAAAUUAGGUAGCAGGUUUUCAUUCAAGAGCAGUCACUCUAUCAGAAUGGAAGGGAAUACGAAUAACACCACUGUUCCAAGCAUCGUUGUAUAUGUCACUGUUCCCAACAAAGAAGCAGGUCGUAUUCAUUUAUUUAAUCAUGUAAUUAUUUAUUCAUUUGAUCUUCAUCUUGUUGGUUCUGCAGGCAAGAAGUUGGCUGAAAGCAUUGUCUCAGAGAAGCUUGCAGCUUGUGUCAACAGGGUACCGGGUAUAGAGUCAGUCUAUCAGUGGGAGGGAAAGAUCCAAACUGAUUCUGAGGAACUUCUUAUAAUCAAGACUAGGCAAUCCCUUCUGGAAGCACUGACAGAGCAUGUCAAAGCAAAUCAUGAAUACGAUGUGCCAGAGGUGAUCUCCUUACCCAUCACUGGAGGCAAUCUCAAAUAUUUAGAAUGGUUAAAAGAGAGCACAAGAGAGUGACUGUCAUGUUUAUAGCCAGAGGUGUGGGUUCAAGUUCUUCUUCCUUUAUGUGUCAAAUAAAUUUGGCAUGUCAUUUAUGUAACUAUCAAUGUGUCUAAAUAUUAUUAUGUAGAGGGUGACAGCCAAUAUUUUGUAUUACUGAUGACGACUGUAAUGGGCUGAAUAUGAUUUAAUGUGGAGAGCUUCUUUUCCCCCAA